UCUGCGUCCAGCCUCGUUUCAGAGGAAGACGUAGAAGCCCAAGCACAUGUGUUUUUACCGUUUGCCCACAGUUAGCAAAGCUAAGAGUCUGCGUAAUAGGUUAAAUAAUAACGAUCGAUUUGGAGAUCGGGUAUGACGAAGGUGAAGAAGGAAAAAGCGGCGUCCAGCGCCGACGAGGUCCCGGCGGCCGGCAGUCACGAGACGUCUGAGGAGAUUUACCAGGAGUUGAUCGCCAACGUGAACGCUAUCGCGCAGCCGCUAGCCACCAGGAAGCUUAGCAAGAAACUCUACAAAUGCGUCAAAAAGGCGUCCAAACUUAAAAACAUCCGCAGAGGAGUGAAAGAAGUUCAGAAGUUCAUUGGAAAGGGCGAGAAAGGCAUCGUGCUGUUAGCCGGCGACACGCUCCCCAUCGAAGUCUACUGCCACCUGCCGGUCAUGUGCGAGGACAAAAACCUGCCGUAUGCCUACGUCCCUUCCAAAGUGGAUUUGGGCGCAUCUGCGGGCUCCAAGAGGCCCACCUGCGUGAUCUUGAUCAAACCUCACGAAGAUUAUCAGGAGGCAUACAACGAGUGUCUGGAGGAAGUGACCAACAUGCCCAAACCGUUAUGAGCGCUUACGCGCAACUCAUCCAACAGGACAAUGACACUUUGCAAGAUGCGUCCCCUCAGGUUCAGAUGCCGGAAAUGUAUUGGAAUGUGAGGGGACUUUUCAUUCUAAAGCUUUAGAUCAGAUCUUUUUUUUUUUUGCUGCUUAUGUGUAACAUGUGAAAUGUGAACUUAUUGUAUUUUUCUUUUUCAAAUAAAAAAAAUGACAUCAGGCUUGCCAAUCGUGUUUGAUGUUUAAUAGAAAUACAUGUAUUUUAAUUAAAGAUAAGAAUUGUGUGGACUUUUAAGUGUUGUGUAUGAAUUUUGUAAUAUACACUCUCCUUAAGGCAAAAUGUACUCUAAAAAAAUGUACCAUACUGGAUUUGAACAAAAAGUUAAAACAAUGUACAUGCAC